AUUUUACUAAAAUAAUAAGUUCAUAGUUUAAGUUGAAGUCAGAAUCACCUGAUUCAAAAGAGAAAAUUUUAGUGUGCAGUUUAUUACUAUUUCUGAAAAAUUCUAAGUUAAAAAAAAAUGACGAUGCUCAUUUUAUUCGUUAUUUUAUUAUUUUCCUGCUUUUUUUAUGUACCAGAAGGUAGCACAAGUGAAGACAUAAUAAUAAUAAGCAGUGAUGAUGAAUUAGAAGUUCCUCCGUUAGAAAAUCGUAGAACGCCAGUAAAAAUCAACUCUUUUAAACAAGGUAAUCAGAAAGAUGAUAAUGAAAUGUGUGUCGAUUGCAAUUCUGUAGCUGGUACAUUUGAUCUAACAUCUAAAGAACGAACGUAUAUUUGCAAUCAUAAAGUUUGUUUGGGGUGUUAUAAUAAGAACAACAAACAAUGUACAAUAAAAUGUCCAGGGUGUAAAAUAAAUUUAGAGCAAGAUGAAUAUCAUUAGA